CCACCGUGAAGGUCAGCCACCUGGUGCUUGAGUCUGCGGCCAGGGAAUUCUUGCUCAAGCAGGACCUUCGCUACAGCCGCGAGUGCAAGCUGGCCGUCACCGCCUCGUGGAAUUACCAUACCAACGUCACCCGGAGGAAUAGGCAGGACCUGGAGGAAGCACAAGAGCGGUUCUCAGAAUGGACGAAGGAGUCUUGGGAGGAGGCGAGAAAGUGGAUCUCUCUCCUCCCUUACUUCCGAGACACUGACAUCGCGAGGCAGUUCAAGCUCCUGUCUGUGCUUGGGGCGCCAGCGUUGCCAAAGGCGGAAUUGUUGAAGUACACGAGAAUCAUCUCCGAAAUGACUGCAAUAUACGACUCCACGACCAUCUGCCGCUACCAGAAUCCCGGCCGCUGUGACGUCGGCAUGAACAAAGGGCUGAACAAACUCCUUCGCAAGAGCCGCAACUACAGCGAACUGAAGCACGUGUGGAAGUCCUGGCGGGAGUCGACCGGGAGAAUCCGACACCGCUAUCAGCAGUUCGUGCAGCUCGCCAACAAGGCAGCUUCUGCGAACGGCUUCCGCAACAUGGCCGAGAUGUCUUUGGCUCAGUACGAGAGCGAGAGCUUCCGCGAGGACAUGGCCGCCGUGUGGAGGCAGAUCAGGCCCCUGUACGAGCAGCUGCACGCCUUCGCCAGGAGGAAACUCAGGGAGGUCUACGGCAGCGACCGCGUGACCCAGCGCGGCCCCCUCCCCGCCCACCUCCUGGGGAACAUGUGGGCGCUGAGCUGGAAGCUGGAUGACCUGUUCCUGCCGUUCCCGGAAACGCCGCCCGUGGAUGUCACGCCCGAGAUGCAGAGACAGGGCUACACCCCCCGCACGAUGUUCGAGGCGGCCGACCGCUUCUUCUACUCGAUGAACCUGACCCGCGUCCCGGCCUCCUUCUGGCGCCGCUCCGUGACGCGCGUCCCCGCGGACCGGCAGGUGGUGUGCCAUCCGUCCUCAUGGGAUUUCUGCGACGGAUCGGACUUCCGGAUCAAGCACUGCACAAACGUCACCCAGAAGGACCUCGUGACCAUUCACCACGAGAUGACUCACGUGCAGUACUUCCUGCAGUACAGGAGCCAGCCCUACAUCUUCCGAGCCGGAGCGAACCCGGGGAUCCACGAGGCCCUGGGCCACGCCGUCGCCCUCAGCGUGGAGUCCCCGCGGCACCUCUGGCGUCUGGGUCUCCUGAGCAGCCCCCACAUAUCCUACAAGGCCGAGAUGAACGACCUGAUGAGACUGGCGCUGGACAAGGUCGUGUUCUUGCCCUACGCCUACCUGGUCGACCUGUGGCGCUGGAAGGUCCUGGAAGGCAGCCUGCCGGAGAAGGACUGGAACUGCGGGUGGUGGGACCUCAAGUACGAGAUCCAAGGCAUGAAGCCCCCGGAGUUGCGGUCUGAGGCGGACUUCGACGCCGCUUCCAAGUACCACAUUCCUGCCAACAUCGCUUACACGAGAUACUUCGUGAGUUUCAUCAUGCAAUUCCAACUCCAUAAAGCACUGUGUAUGAAGGCGGGCGAGUACGUGCCAGGCGACCCUACGAAGUCUCUGCAUAAGUGCGAUUUUUACUCGUCCAUUCGAGCCGGAAAUGCUAUGAGAGAAAUGAUGAGACUGGGAUCCUCGAAGCCAUGGCCGGAGGUCAUAGAGGCGGCCACGGGCGAGAGAAAGAUGGACGGGUCGGCCUUACGGGAAUAUUUCAAGCCUCUGGAGAUGUGGCUCAUCGAGGACAACGCGAAGCACGGGGAAUUCAUCGGCUGGAGGCCAGACGGGGAAUAUUGUCUGUACGAGAAGCCGCGGACAACAGAUAAUCCGGCGAGGUGUCAGACGGACAAUUAAUACUAAGAAGAAUGAAGAGAAAGAAAGAGGAGGUACAAGAAGGAGGAGAAGAAAAUGAAGUGAAGGAAGAAGGAGAAGUAACAGGAAAGCGAAGAAGAGACUAAUAUCUAUUUGGAAUAGAUUAAGAGGUGCGAAGGAAAAUUAAGAAAAAAUCGCAUUGGAAUGCAAGGAGAGGAAUCUAAGAGAAAGACGAAAAAAUAUGGAAAGGAAAAAAUAUGAGUAAUGUUAAGAAGAAGCAGAAGAAAAGGAAAUAAGAAAGACAAGAAUAAAAAGACAAUGAUGAUGGCAAUAACGACGAAAAUUACACUUCUUUUUGUUGACAAAACACAUAACAUUUGCUUUAACGUAUUUUAGUUGUAUGUUGAUUAGUUUUAGCUAAUUCUACAUCCCGUUCAGUUGAGUAUGUUGUUAGAUGAUCUAUUAACUUUAAGUAGUAACUAUGACCAACUACAAUUUCUUACUACUGUAACUUUAGAUGUUAUGUAUUGUUUUCCAAAAGGGAUUGAAAUAAUAAACACCUAUAUACAUUUUU